AUGAGCGCCGCUUUGAAUUCAGAAGGAACAGGACUUGUAAGGACAGAGUGCAGAUGUACAUAUAACGCGGCGAGAAAACUGGACGGAAUAAGGAUUUUUGCGCUAAUGAAGGUGGGAUUACAAGCGCAUCAUUGGAGCCGGGUUCUGUUCUUGUACAUGGGGCUGCUUGCUGCAUCGGUUAAGGCUCAGAACUGCAGUUACACACUACACAGUCCAAACGGGACAAUAGAAAGCCCUGGAUACCCGUACGGAUAUCCCAACUAUGCCAACUGCACGUGGGUGAUUGUGGCACAGGAACAUAACCGGAUACAGUUGGUAUUCCAAGGGUUUGCCUUAGAAGAGGACUUCGACAUCCUUUCUGUCUAUGAUGGGCAACCCAGUCCUGGAAAUCUACGAACACGGUUAACGGGGUUUCAGCUUCCUGCUCCGAUUGUGAGUACAGGAGCACGACUCACCCUGUGGUUGCUGUCAGACUAUGCUGUCAGUGGCCAGGGCUUCAAAGCGAUAUAUGAAGCCCUGCCGAGCUACACCUGUGGCAACCCUGGCCAGCUGCUUAAUGGACUCCAGCAGGGCACCACGUUUAAUAUCGGGGACAAGAUUCGCUACAGCUGUAGCCCGGGCUACGUAUUGGAGGGCCAUACCGUACUUUCCUGCCUGGCAACCUCGUCAGGCACGGCUGCCUGGGACUUUCCCUUGCCCUACUGCCGAGCGGAUGACGGUUGUGGGGGCACACUCCGGGGCCAGAGUGGCAUCAUCACCACUCCAAACUACCCACAGGAAUACAACAAUAACGCUGACUGCACCUGGACUGUGCUGGCUGAGCCAGGAGACACCAUCGCCCUGGUCUUCUCCGACUUCCAGCUGGAGGAAGACUAUGAUGUGCUGGAGGUCAGCGGCACCGAGGGGUCGUCGCAGUGGUUUUCAGGGCCCAAUCUGCCUUCACCCAUCAUAAGCAGUAAGAACUGGCUCCGACUCCAUUUCACCAGUGAUGGAAACCACAAGUUGAGGGGCUUUAGCGCUCAAUACCAAGUGAAGAAGAUGACUGAACUGAAGUCCAGAGGAGUGAAGAUGCUCCCAAGUAAAGACAACCACAGCAAGAUAUCUGUUUUGUCCCAAAUGGGCGUGGCUCAGGGACACAACAUGUGUCCAGAUCCUGGAAUUCCAGAGAGGGGGAAGAGAAAAGGCUCAGACUUCAGACGUGGUGCCACGGUUCACUUCUCAUGUGACGAGGGCUAUGAGCUGCAGGGCUCUAAGAGUAUCACCUGCCUGCGCGUGACGGACAGCUACGUGGGCUGGAGCGACGACCGACCCAUCUGCAGAGCACCCAUGUGCGGCGGCCAACUUCGUGGGCCAAGCGGCAUCAUCACCUCACCAAAUUUCCCAGUCCAGUAUGAUAACAAUGCCAACUGCACCUGGAUAAUCACAGCAUCUGACCCGUCUAAGGUGAUCAAGAUGACAUUUGAGGACUUCGACCUGGAACGUGGCUAUGACACUCUUACUGUGGGCGAUGGAGCGGUAAUUGGUGAUCAGAGAACCGUCUUUCAUGUACUGUCUGGAACAACCACACCAGACUUGGUGGUCAGCACCAGUCAUCAGAUGUGGCUAAACUUUAAAACGGAUGACACAAGCGGCUCACUGGGUUUUAAGGUGUCCUAUGAAGAGAUCGAGCAGGGCAGUUGUGGUGAUCCAGGGAUCCCGGCAUAUGGAAAACGAGAGGGUACAGGAUUCCGACAUGGAGACAGGCUGUAUUUUGAGUGUCUGCCUGCAUUUGAGCUUGUGGGCAAGAAGAACAUAACCUGCCAAAAGAACAACCAAUGGUCAGCCAAGAAACCCAGCUGUGUGUUCUCCUGCUUCUUCAACUUCACCACUCCGUCAGGUGUCCUCCUCUCGCCCAACUACCCACAGGAGUACGGCAACAGCAUGCACUGCGUGUGGCUGAUUAUAGCUAAGCCCGAGAGCAGAAUCAACCUGGCCUUCAAUGACCUCAGCAUGGAGAAACAGUUUGAUUUCCUCUCCAUUAAAGAUGGCGGCAAAGCCGAAUCGCCCAUCCUGGGCACCUUUUCGGGCGAUGUUCUGCCCUCUCCCAUUACCACCAGUUCCCACGUGGCACGGCUGGAGUUCCUCACAGACCACACCUACACCGACCGAGGCUUCAAUAUCACAUUUACUACAUUCCGACAUAAUGAAUGCCCCGAUCCCGGUGUGCCCGUGAACGGGAAACGCUUUGGUGAAAGUCUACAGCUGGGAAGUUCCAUCUCCUUCCUGUGUGAAGAGGGCUUUGUGAAGACUCACGGCUCUCAGACAAUCUCCUGUAUUCUGAAGGAUGGAAACGUGGUGUGGGACAAUGCUGUCCCACGCUGUGAAGCCCCAUGUGGAGGGGAACUGAAGUCUCCCAGUGGUAUUAUCCUGUCCCCUGGCUGGCCAGAGCUUUAUAAGGAAGCCCUCAACUGUGAGUGGAUCAUCGAGGCUCCACCAGGAUAUCCCAUCAAAAUCAUCUUUGACAAAUUCCGAACAGAGGUGAACUAUGAUGUUCUGGAAAUUCGGGAUGGGCGUUACCCUUCCUCUCCUCUGAUUGGUAGUUACCAGGGUACCCAGGUGCCCCAGUUCCUCAUCAGCACCUCCAACUAUCUCUACCUGCUCUUCUCCACUGACAAGAGCCAUUCAGACAUCGGCUUUCGCAUCCGAUACGAAACUCUGCAGCUCCAAUCAGAUCACUGCGUUGAUCCUGGGAUCCCUGUUAAUGGUCAGCGCCAUGGAAACGACUUCUACGUGGGUGCACUGGUGACGUUCAGCUGCGAUGCCGGUUACACCCUUAGCGAUCCAGAGCCUUUGGAAUGUGAGCCCAACUUCCAGUGGAGUCGACCCCUUCCCAGCUGUGAUGCUCUCUGUGGAGGAUACAUCCAGGGAAACACAGGCACCAUUCUGUCUCCAGGCUUUCCUGACUUUUACCCUCACAAUCUCAACUGCACCUGGAUGAUAGAGACUUCACAUGGGAAAGGUGUGCAGUUCACCUUCCAUACCUUUCAUCUGGAGAGUCCUCAUGAUUACCUGCUGGUGACAGAGAAUGGCAGUUUCUCUCAGCCCCUGUGGAGACUGACCGGUUCCACCCUCCCUCCUCCUCUGAGCGCCGGCCUGUUUGGUAACUACACCGCCCAGAUCCGCUUCCUCUCCGAUUUCUCCGUGUCUUACGAAGGCUUCAACAUCACCUUCUCAGAGUAUGACCUUGAGCCUUGUGAGGACCCUGGUGUUCCACCCUACAGUACUCGUAAGGGAUUGCAGUUUGGGGUGGGGGACACACUCAUCUUCUCGUGUUUUCCUGGUUACCGUCUGGAGGGGCCGGCGAGGGUGAUGUGUUUAGGGGGGCGGCGGCGGGUGUGGAGUUCCCCUCUGCCAAGGUGUGUUGCUGAGUGCGGCUCCUCUGUGACCGGCAAGCAAGGCGUCCUGCUCUCGCCGAACUACCCGGGUUACUACGGCAACAACCACGAGUGCAUUUACUCCAUCCAGACCCAACCAGGCAAGGGUAUCCAGCUCAGUGCACGGGACUUCCACCUGGAGGAAGAUGACGUGCUCAAGGUGUAUGACGGCAGCAGUAACCAGGCUCGGUUACUAGGGGUUUUUUCAGGCACAGAGAUGAUGGAGACUGUUUUAAACAGCACGUCCAGCACUAUGUGGCUAGAGUUCAUCAGCAACAGUGAAAACACUAGCAAAGGCUUUGAGCUGGAAUUUAAAAGUUUUGACUUGGUGAAGUGUGAGGAUCCUGGGGUUCCACAGUUUGGCUAUAAACGUGAAGACAAGGGCCACUUUGCUGGAAGCACCGUCUCCUACAGCUGUGAUCCCGGCUAUACCCUUAAGGGCAUGGAAGUGCUCACUUGUCUGAGGGGGGAGAGGAGGGCUUGGGACAGCCCCCUCCCGCUGUGUGUGGCGGAGUGUGGAGGGACGAUUAAGGAUGAACCCACGGGCCGGAUUCUGUCUCCUGGUUACCCAGCUCCUUACGAACACAACCUGCACUGUACCUGGACCAUAGAGGCAGCCCCUGGAAGUACAAUCGGGUUGCACUUUCUGGUCUUUCACACGGAGGAGGUGCAUGACGUGCUGAGGAUCUGGGACGGGCCUCAGGAAGGAGGUGUCCUGAUGAGGGAGCUGAGCGGAUCAACGCUGCCUCCGGACCUCCACAGCACCUUCAAUUCUGUCAGCUUACAGUUCACCACCGACUUUUUCACCAGCAAACAGGGCUUUGCCUUGCAGUUUUCUGUCUCCACAGCCACUUCCUGUAAUGACCCCGGGGUGCCCACCAACGGCACGCGGAGCGGGGAUAGCCGAGAACCUGGGGACCACGUUAUAUUUCAGUGCGAUCCCGGAUACGUCCUUCAGGGGGCGACCAAGAUCACUUGCACAGAAAUCAACAACAGAUUCUUCUGGCAGCCUGACCCACCCACAUGCACAGCACCAUGUGGGGGAAAUUUGACCGGACCCAGUGGUCUGAUACUGUCUCCAGAAUACCCCGAGCCAUAUCCCCAUGGCAGAGAGUGUGACUGGACCAUCACUGUAACCCCGGAUUACAUCAUCUCCCUUAGCUUUAACCAGUUCAGUCUGGAGCCAAGCUAUGACUUCCUGCACAUCUAUGAUGGGCCAGAUUCACUCAGUCCACUGCUGGGCAGUUUCUAUGGCACGGAUGUUCCCGAACGCAUUGAAAGCAGUUCCAACACGCUCUUCCUAGCAUUCCGAAGCGAUGCCUCGCUCAGCAGCAACGGUUUUGUCCUCCAGUACACAGAAAACCCCAGAGAGUCAUGCUUUGAUCCUGGUGUGGUGAGAAAUGGAACCCGUGUUGGCACAGAGCUGAAGCUUGGAGCCACUGUUACCUACCACUGUGACAAUGGUUACACCCUAGAGGGAGACUCCACUCUCACCUGCAUCAUGGGGGGAGACAGCAAGCCCAGCUGGAACAAACCAAAGCCCGUCUGCAUAGCACCUUGCGGUGGUCAGUAUUCUGGGCUGGAAGGAGUAGUGCUCUCCCCUGGUUACCCUGGCAACUACAGCAGUGGGAGAACCUGUCUGUACUCAGUGAUUGUGCCAAAAGACUAUGUGGUGUUCAGUCAGUUUGCAUUCUUCCAGACGGCUCUGAAUGACGUGGUGGAGGUCCAUGAUGGCCCUAACCAGCGUGCGCGUGUACUGAGCUCCCUGUCUGGGGCACAUACAGGUGAAUCCCUUCCCCUGGCCACCUCCAACGAGCUCCUAAUCCACUUUACCUCCAAGGGCCAGUCUACCUCCCGAGGCUUUCACCUGGUCUACCAAGCUGUGCCAAGGACCAGUGCCACUCAGUGCAGCUCAGUCCCAGAGCCCAGGCACGGGAGACGCACAGGAAAUAACUUUGCAGUGGGAGCCGUGGUCCGUUUUGAGUGUAGCCCUGGCUAUGUGCUGGAGGGCUCCAGUGCCAUCGAAUGCCUGACAGUGCCUAACGCUUUGGCCCAAUGGAACAGCUCCAUCCCCAGCUGCAUCGUUCCCUGUGGAGGGAAUCUAACCCAGCGCACCGGUACCAUUCUGUCCCCUGGCUACCCCGAACCCUAUCUGAACAGCCUGAGCUGUGUGUGGAAGAUCACAGUGCCUGAGGGGUCUGGAAUACAGAUCCAGGUGAUUAGUUUUGUGACGGAGCAGAACUGGGAUUCUCUGGAAGUUUUUGAUGGAGGUGACAACACAGACACCAUGCUGGGCAGCUUUUCAGGUACAACUGUUCCAGCUCUUCUGAACAGCACCUCCAACCAACUCUACCUACAUUUCUCCUCUGAUAUCAGCGUGUCUGCAGCUGGCUUCCGGCUGGAAUACAAGACUGUGUCUCUGACAAGUUGUCCUGAGCCUGUCAUACCAAUGAACGGGUUCAAAGUGGGUGAACGCCUGCAGAUGAACAAUGUUGUGUCCUUUCAGUGUGAACCUGGAUACACCUUACAGGGAAAUUCCCAUAUCUCCUGCAUGCCAGGGACAGUUCGACGUUGGAACUACCCUCCCCCACUCUGCAUAGCUCAGUGUGGGGGGAUCCGGGAGGAAAUGGAGGGAACAAUACUCAGCCCUGGUUUCCCAGGAAACUACCCUAGUAACAGUGACUGCACCUGGAGAAUCUACCUGCCAGUAGGCUACGGAGCUCAUAUUCAAUUCCUCAACUUCUCGACCGAAGCCAACCAUGACUUCCUGGAGAUCCGAAAUGGACCCUUUGACACGAGCACAGUGAUUGGACGUUACAGUGGUCAUGAGGUGCCCUCUUCACUUCUCACUACCUCCCACGAGACCACAGUGUAUUUCCAUAGCGACCACUCACAGAACAAACCAGGCUUCAGGUUCGACUACCAAGCCUAUGAGCUCCAGGAAUGCCCUGACCCUGAGCCCUUUCGUUAUGGUGUGGUCAUCGGGGCGGGAUACAACGUGGGCCAGUCCAUUUCCUUUGAAUGCUAUCCAGGGUACCAGCUGAUGGGCCAGUCCAUUCUCACCUGUCAACAUGGGACCACCCGUGACUGGGAUUACCCCUUCCCACGCUGUGAAGUGCCCUGUGGAGGGAACAUUACUUCAGAAAAUGGGACUAUCUUUUCUCCUGGAUACCCAGAGGACUAUCCCAGUUCAGCUGACUGUACAUGGCUAAUCACUGUUGGCCCUGGCCUGGGUAUCCGCCUCAACUUCACCUUGCUCCAGGUUCACGGACCUCACGAUUUCAUUACUGUCUGGGAUGGACCCCAGGAGACAGCCCGCAAACUAGGCGUGUUCACUGAGGGUGAGCCUAAUCACCCGCCUAGCAGCACAUCCAAUCAGGUCCUCAUACGUUUCCGUAGCAACACAGAAAAAGGAGGACUUUUCAAGAUAAACUACCAAGCCUACAGACUUCAGUUCUGCUUGCCCCCUCCAAUGAUCCCCAAUGGAGAAAUACUGAUGGCCAGCAAAGAGUUUAAAAUUGGUGACAUAGUGCGCUACAGGUGUCUGCCAGGGUACCAGUUAAAUGGGAACAGCAUCCUUACCUGUCGUUUGGGCACACACCUGGAGUUCGAGGGACCGCCACCCUCCUGUGAUGUGACCUGUCCAAUGAAUGAGGUUCUCACAGCGUCCACGGGCGUGAUUCUGAGCCAGUCGCCAGGCAGUGGCUUCCCACACUUUGAGUCAUGUUCCUGGGUGGUUAAGGUGGAGCCCGGCUACAACAUCUCCUUGACCAUCGAACACUUUCAGACCAGCAGACAGUUUGAUGAACUCGAGAUCUAUGAUGGUCCUUCCAGACAGAGCAAUUUACUCAUUACCCUAAGUGGGAACUACUCUUCUCCUCUCAGCAUUACCAGUACCUCCAAUAAGGUCUUUUUGCACUGGUCAUUUGACCAUACUUCCAGUCACAAGGGCUUUCGCAUUCGCUACUCAGCGGCUUACUGCAGCCCUCCUGACCCUCCGAUGAAUGGCUCAGUGCAUAGCCAGACAGGCAAUAAGCUAGGCAGCACCUUGCGCUUCAGUUGUGACCAGGGUUUCCGCCUGAUUGGCCAGAGCAGUGCCACCUGUACCCGCACCCCACAGGGCAUCUACCAAUGGAAUGCUCCUGUGCCGCUGUGCCAAGUGGUGUCCUGUGGGAUGCCAGCGGCUCCUGUGAAUGGUAGUGUAGCUGGUCAGGACUUCACUCUGGGUUCCCGGGCAGUAUUCCAGUGUAACCCAGGCUUCCGAUUGGCCAGUCCCCUGCCCUCCUCAAUCAUUUGCCAGGAGAAUGGAAGGUGGAGCACUUCAGAAGCCCCACCCCGUUGUAUCCCUGUGACCUGUCCUGAUAUUGGCCAUUCAGCUGUGGAUCAUGGGAGAUGGAGGCUUAUUUAUGGCAUGCAGAACCAGUAUGAGGCCAUGAUGAUGCUGACGUGUGACCCCGGAUACUUUUAUAAGGGUCAAAGGGUCAUCCGUUGCCAGGCCAACAGCACAUGGGAUUAUCCAGAGCCCAGGCCUGCCUGUGAAAUUAUCUCCUGUGGAGAUCUUGGCACUCCCCCUAACGGGAACAAGAUUGGCACACUGACAGUGUACGGAGCUACGGCCAUUUUCUCUUGUAACACGGGCUACACUUUAGUUGGGUCUAGGGUCAGAGAAUGCAUGUCCAACGGGCUUUGGAGUGGAACUGAAGUUCAGUGUCUCGCUGGACACUGUGGCACUCCUGACCCCAUAGUGAAUGGUCAGAUCAUCGGAGAAAAUUAUAACUACAGAGGGAGUGUGGUUUACCAGUGUAACCCUGGUUUUAGACUCAUUGGUGUGUCCGUACGAAUCUGCGAGCAGGAUCAUCGCUGGUCUGGAAAGACCCCCGUUUGUGUCCCUAUCACUUGUGGACAUCCAGGAAACCCUGCGAAUGGUAUCACCCAGGGCACAGAGUUCAACCUGAAUGACAUUGUGCGUUUUGUCUGCAACACGGGCUAUGUGCUUCAGGGCGCGGUCAAGUCCCAUUGUCAGCCUAACGGCCAGUGGAGCAAUGCCCUGCCCAAGUGUAAAAUUGUGAACUGCACAGAACCAGGCCAUGUGGAAAACAGUGUCAGACAAGUCCUGUCUGGUGGCCCCCAUCGCUACAGUUUCCAGACCACCGUCUCUUAUACCUGUAAUCCAGGUUACUAUCUGCUUGGCACAAGCACUCUGACCUGUCAAGGAGAUGGGACUUGGGAUCGCUCUCUCCCGAAGUGUCUCUUGGUAUUGUGUGAUCGUCCCAGUGUGCCUCCAUAUGCCCAGAUCUCUGGAGACAAGCGUACAGUGGGCUCGGUCAUCCGCUUCAGCUGCAUCGGCCAGCGCUCCAUCGUGGGUAACACCACCCGCAUGUGCCAACUGGACGGCCAGUGGAGUGGGUCUCAGCCACACUGCUCUGGGGAGUCUCACGGCCUGUGUGGUGACCCCGGUGUUCCGGUCCACGGUAUUCGGCUGGGAGAAGAGUUCUCUGUUGGGAGCGUGGUGCGCUUUAGCUGUGAGCCUGGCUAUGUUCUGAGAGGCUCCUCUGAACGCACCUGUUUAGCCAAUGGCUCCUGGGUGGGCACCCAGCCUGAGUGUCAUGUGGUCUCUUGUGGAAACCCUGGCACUCCGAGGAACGCUCAGAUUCUGUUUCACGAUGGCCUGGUUUUUUCCCGCUCUAUCACGUACGCCUGCCGUGAGGGUUAUUACUCCACUGGACUUCUGACUCGCCACUGUACCGUCAACGGCACCUGGACUGGAGAUAUGCCUGAAUGCACAGUCAUUAAUUGUGGAGACCCAGGAGUGCCUGCUAAUGGUCUUCGCCUGGGUAGUGACUUCACAUAUGGCCGAAGUGUCACUUUUCAGUGCUCACCUGGUUUCACCAUGGAUGUGGACCGUGCUUCCACUCUUGUCUGCACUAAGGACCGAACUUGGAAUGGUACCAAACCCGUCUGUAAAGCUAUUGUGUGUGGCCCUCCACCCACCAUUCCUAAUGGUCAGGUGAUAGGCACAGACUUUCAGUGGGGCUCCAGCAUUAGCUACACCUGUAACCAAGGUUACCAGCUCUCCCUGCCCACCGUCCUAACCUGCCAGGGCACGGGAAAUUGGAGCGGCGAGCGACCACAGUGUUUCCCUGUGUUCUGUGGGGAUCCGGGCAUGCCGGCCCAAGGUCGACGAGAGGAUCGGGGCUUCACGUACCUCUCUUCCGUGUCCUUCUCAUGCUUUCCGCCCCUGGUUUUGGUCGGCUCUCAGCGUCGGUACUGUCAGUACGACGGAACAUGGAGUGGGACCCAGCCGUCAUGCAUAGAUCCCAGUCACACCAGCUGUAUUGAUCCCGGCACACCCACCUAUGGACAUCAGAACAACACACAGGGUUACCAGAUUGGAAGCUCAGUGUUCUACAGCUGCCGUAAGGGCUACCUGCUCCUGGGCUCCAUCUCGCGUACCUGUCUCCCCAACCUAACCUGGAGUGGCAUACUGCCUGAGUGCAUUGCACAUCAUUGUGGUCAACCGGAGCUUCCAGCACAGGCAGAUGUUAGUGCUAUAGAACUGCCCUCUUUGGGUUACACCCUUAUCUACACCUGCCAGCCCGGCUUUUACCUUGCAGGAGGGUCGGAGCAUCGGACCUGCCGCGCCGACGGCAGCUGGACUGGGAAGCCACCACUGUGCACAGCUGAUAAUAGACCUAGGAGUGUGGGAACUGUGCCACCCAAUGCUAAACCCCCAGUGCCAAGUGGUGUAUUUGCUAAAAACUCCCUAUGGAGAGGGUCAUAUGAGUACUUGGGGAAGAAGCAGCCAGCCAUGCUGAGCAUAACUGCUUUUGAGCCAUCUACAAACCGGGUCAACGGCACCCUCAUGGACCACAGUGGAGUACAACUCAAUCUAGCUGGGAUCUAUAAAAGGGAAGAGGCUCAGCUGCUGUUGCAGGUACAUCAAAUCCGAGGACCUGUAGAGAUCUUUGUCAACAAGUUCAAAAUCGACAACUGGGCUCUGGAUGGACAUGUGUCUUACAUGCCCUCGUCCAACUCCUUUGUGUACCAAGGAUUUGUCAGAGGAAAAGGCUUUGGUCAGUUCGGCCUUCAGAGACUAGAGGGCCUGGACCCAACAGGGGAGAACCCAGGCUACAACUUUGCCUCCAACAGCAGCUCAGUGGCAGCAGCCAUUUUAGUGCCUUUUAUAGCCAUGAUCAUAGCAGGAUUUGCCCUGUACCUCUAUAAACAUCGGAAAAGACCCAAAGUACCGUUCAAUGGCUACGCAGGCCAUGAGAACACCAACGGAAGGGCAACCUUCGAGAACCCGAUGUACGACCGCAACAUUCAGCCCACAGACAUCAUGGCCAAUGAGACAGAGUUCACGGUCAGCACAGUCUGCACGGCCGUAUAG